ACUAAACAAUGCACAAUGAAGCCGUUCUCACCCACUAAAAACGCACCAAGUACCUGCCCCUGUUAGAUGCUGUAUGUUAUCCUGGCCAUCUUGAUCCUGAAUCUGGCCAGGUCCCCCAGCAAACUCAGCCCCCUGAUGCAACGUCGGCGCAUAGCAAAACACGAUCCAAAUUCGUAGGAUUGCGCUUGGCAUUUGUGACUGUGCCGCUCUGGGUGACCUUUAAGUAGCUAAGACGCAGUUCUGUAAAUCAUGACUGCAACAUGCCUCCCGUCUCACUCUUGCUAUUUGACGACUUGCAUUCCGGCGAAGGACGGCAGGCUUCUUUCGCCUCCCCGGACUGACCGACCAUGAAGACCACACGCAGCACACGAGACCGCACCGCCGUUCUACUGCUCACGAGCCUGCUUUGUGCGACCCCGGCUGCGGCACAGACGUGUUACGCCCCGAACGGGACGGCGGUCACGUACUCGUCCAUAUCGCCCAACGGGACGGUAUACCAGUACUCGACGCCCAGCUCGGGCGCGCGGCUCUACGCCUGCCCGCCCGGCGCCGACGGGUUCGCGACCUGCUGCGCCGAGGGCGACUUUUGCCACCCGGACGGCCUGUGUUAUGGGCCCAACGCCGGGCAGCCGACGGUGCGGAGGCAGUACUGCACGGAUGAGAGCUGGCGCUCGUCCAACUGCAGCCCGCUCUGCCGGCAUGAUGCCGAUGCCAACUCGCCCUCGAGCGGCGGUGCAGUACUCACCCCUUGCAUGGAUGGCAAGAUCUGUUGCGGCGCUUUCCAGUCUGACUGCUGUGACGACCAUAAAGGCCAAUACGCGAUUCAGGGCUACGAAGUUGGGCCGGGCAUCAGCUACAACACCAAUUCGACCACGACACAGGAGGUGGUGUCCGCAACUAGUGUUACAUCAGCGACGGCAUCCAGCUCGUCCUUGUCUCAGAGCGAUGCCAGCACAACUCUUAGCGGCGGCGUGAUCGCAGGUAUCGUAGUUGGCGCAAGUGUGGGACUCGGCUUGAUAUGCAUUGCGGCAGCGCUGGUAUAUCGGAAGCGAAAGCCGAUACAAACACAACCGGGGGAGCCGCCGAAGGAGGCGUGGAGUGAUACAACUGCUAUUCAGAGCUACGGUCAUAACUUCUACGGCGGCCAUUCGCAGUACGAGCUAUCCUCAGCCACGCAACCUGGAGAGCUUCCCAGUUCUCGCCUUCGCCACGAGCUGAGCUAAGCCCAUCUAAAUCUUGAAAACAGCAUUUGUGUAGGAGAUGAGGAGCUUGUUGACCGUCAGCAUCGAAGCUGGGCUUAAAAACGAUGCUCUUGGUACACGCUUCAGAACCUGCGCCGGAACCUAUAGACCCAGGAAGUUGCCCAGAAAGUCCGCCUUGCCCAGUGGUACGCC